AACCUGUCGAAAUGGAGCCUGAAGACACUAGUCACGUGGAGAGUCUCCAGUCAAUCUGGGCUCAUGUUUUGAAUCUGCCACGUGUUGCACUCGAUCAACCAUUCCUCUCAGUUGGCGGAGACUCCAUCUCCGCGAUGCAAGUCGUGGGCCAAUGCCGCAAGGAAGGUAUGAGUCUCGGCGUACAGGAAGUCCUGCGGAGUCGAUCCAUCAUCCAGUUGGCGAACGCUGUCAAAGAGGUCGAAAGCUCCUCUUAUGAGCACGAAGAAUACUUCGAUGAAGAAUUUGAUCUUUCGCCAAUUCAGUCUCUCUAUUUCCAGCGACCGAAUACACACGGACAUUUCAACCAAUCAUUUUAUCUUCGAGUAACGCGCAGGACGGCUGCGCAACAGUUCCAAUCAGCAGUGGAGCAAUUGAUUUCCCGCCAUUCUAUGUUGCGUGCACGCUUCUCAUUCUCGGAAGAGCAAGGCUGGCAGCAGCGUCUCACAAAUGAUAUCGCGGGUUCUCAUCGCUUUCGACAUUCUACUGUUUCAUCGCAGGGUGAAAUUGACGCCUUGAUUGAAGACUCGCAGCAGUGCUUUGAUCACAGUAAUGGCCCUUUGUUCGCUGCCGAUUUCUUCGAUUUCGGUAACGAGCAAUACGCUUUCCUCACCGGUCACCACCUUGUUGUUGAUUUGGUCACGUGGCGACUGCUACUGGAAGAACUAGAAGAGAUACUGAAAGGCGGACAGUUACUUGCGCCUGCUCUACCAUUCCAGAAAUGGGCUGAAUUACAGAGCGAGCAUGCAGAGACUCUUCAACUGGACGAGGUUCUUCCACAUGUCAAUGUUCCUGCGCUAGACUUUUCGUACUGGGGUAUCCAGCACGAAGAUAACACAUACGGCAAUGCUGGUCACGCUAGCUUUGAACUGGACACGAAUCUCAGCUCUGCAUUCUUGACUACCUGUCAUACCGCCUACAAGACGGAACCAGUAGAAGUCCUGCUCGCGUCGUUGAUUCAGUCCUGGUCUCACGUUUUCACCGAUAGACCUGUGCCUGCUAUAUUUAACGAGGGUCACGGACGUGAGCCUUGGAGCGCAGAUAUCGAUAUCACUCGUACGGUCGGCUGGUUUACCGCAUUGUCCCCAAUUCUAGUCACGCCUUCUCAACAUCCUACGGAAACUGUACGCAAGACCAAGGAUUUCAAACGGCGGAUUCCUGGCAACGGGCGGCCCUACUUUGCUCGGCGAUGUCUUACCAAAGACGGCCGCGAGCAGUUUAAGACCCAUUGGCCGAUGGAAAUUUUGUUCAACUAUCUGGGCCAAUAUCAGCAACUUGAAAGGCCCGAUGCUCUUCUUCAGCCAUUAGGAACUAUGGCUGGCGAGACGGGAAAAUCUGGCGGAACAUCGGACUUUGGUCACGACACCUGCCGCUGGGGACUUUUCGAAAUCUCCGCCUUCGUUUUUAAAGGGCAUCUUAAGGUUGCAUUUACAUUCAAUCGCCAUAUGGAACAUCAGGGCCUCAUACAGCAGUGGAUCUCUGAGUGUCAGACGACCAUUUCCAAGAUGAUUCAAGGGCUUAUUUUUCUGGAUCCUAAACCAACCGUGAGCGACUUUCCUUUGCCGUCAUUGACAGAGGACAGUUUCUACUCUAUGCUAGAGAGACUCUCAGGCAUGGGUAUCACGGAAUCCGACGUGGAGGAUGUUUAUCCAUGCUCAGGUAUGCAGGAGGGUCUCUUGCUUUCGCAAACAAAAGAUGCUGGGUUUUACGCUGCAGCUACGCUACAUGAGAUCAAGACUCCGAAUGGCCCACUCUUGUGGGAAAGCGUAGUCGACGCUUGGCGUCAAGUUGUCAGGCGCCAUCCAGCGUUGCGAACCGUGUUUCUCGAGAAUGUUGGGGCAAAGGAAGGGCUGUACAACCAAGUCGUUCUCAAAGACAUAGCUGCCAACAUCGUACACAUCAAAUGUGAGAAUGAGCUAGAUGCUGUUCGACAUAUCGAAGAGCAACGCUCGGUCAGUUACAACAAUGGUCGCUGUCCCAAUCAUCGCUUCACGAUCUGCAACACGGAAGAUGGGAGAACUUUCUGUUCUCUGGAGAUCAGCCAUGCUAUCAUGGACGGCCACUCGAUGAGUAUGCUCGUUUUUGAUCUUCAGAGAGCAUGUGAAGGCCAGCUUCGUUCGGGUGGCCCGCCAUAUAGUGACUACAUAUCAUGGCUGAUGAAGCAGCCUCAAGAGAGUAGCUUGGAGUUCUGGAAGUCGUACCUUGGCGGCAGCGAGGUUUGCUCCUUCCCCGUUCUACAUGAUGGAAGAACGAUCGAGAAGGAAUUGAUCUCUAUCCGCAUGGACUUGACCAGCAUCGGAUUGCCAGACUUGCAAGGCUUCUGUAACACGCAUGGAAUCACGCUAUCGAACGUCUUCCACACCGCAUGGGCUCUCACUUUGAGCUGUUAUGUGGGAAGUGACGAUGUCACAUUUGGAUAUCUUACCUCGGCGAGAGAUUCCGAGGAGGUUUAUGGUGUCGAGGACAUGUGUGGCCCUAUCAUCAACACGCUAGUUUGCCGCGUGAAUCUUACCAACGGCUCUCGCUGUCUCCUUGACGUUCUCCAGGAUGUACAGCGAGACUACAUGGAAGCUAUACCGCAUCGCCAUAUUGCGCUGGCUGAUGUCCAGCAUGUUGUGGAGCUGUCCGGCGCUAGUCUGUUCAAUACCGCCUUGUCUUAUCGCCGCCUACCCCAGGAACAGCAAAUUGACGACAGCAGUCUCCGAAUUGUGGAGGUCCGGCCGAUUUACGACCCAACAGAGUAUCCAGUCAGUCUCAAUAUCGAAGUGGGUGACACAGCUGCAGCGGUCGAUCUGGACUACUGGACGGACCACCUCUCUGCAGCGCAAGCGGUCAAUGUCGCCAGUACUUUCGCUCGUGCCCUUGAAAAUAUCGUCUUCAACGCCAAACGUCGUAUUUCCGCACUGGACCAUCUCAGUCCAAGGCAUUUGGAACAAAUCCAGAAUUGGAACGUGAUACCCGCCACGUUGAACGAGUGCGUGCAUCACAUGUUCGCAAAAUGGGUUGCGACCCAGCCCGAUGCCCCAGCAAUCUGUGGAUUUGAUGGCAGCUACACUUACGCUGAGCUUGAUGCCGUCACCAAUCGUCUAGCGCAUCAUCUCGUCAAGCUGGGCGUCGGCCCUGAGGUGUUUGUACCCACUUGUUUCGACAAGAGCGCUCUUGCAGUGGUUGCUAUGCUUUCUGUCCUCAAAGCAGGUGGUGCAGCCGUACCACUCGACGCCACUCAUCCAAAGCCUGCUCUCCAAACGCGUUUAGAAGACGCAGGAGCUCAAAUAGUACUGACGACACCCUCGCGAGCGGAAAAGUUUGAGGGUCUCAUAUCAAGCGUGGUAAUAGUCAACUCCGCCUUCUUGGAGAGUCUAAGCGCAAUUGAUGGACCAGCUUGUACCAGCAUCCAGCCGCACAAUCCAGCCUUCGUCAUCUUCACUAGUGGGAGUACUGGUCGGCCCAAGGGAGUCGUGCUCGAGCAUUCAGCUAUAGUUACUAGUGCGGAGGCCCACGGCUCAAAAAUUGGACUGGGUCAAGGUUCUCGUAUGCUCCAGUUCGCCUCGUACACAUUCGACAACUCGCUAGAAGAGAUGUUUACAACCCUUCAGAGAGGAGGCUGCGUGUGCGUACCUUCUGAGGCUGAUCGCGUCAACGACCUUGGUGGAGCUAUCGCUAGACUGAACGUGAAUAUCGUGGAUCUCACGCCUACUGUCGCUGCCUUACUCACUCCUGCGGAAGUUCCCACCCUUAAACGCCUCUGUCUUGGUGCAGAACCUCUCACUAAAGCAUUGAUUGAGUUAUGGAGGCCGCAUGUUUCCGUCAUGGGUCAGUAUGGCCCAAGCGAAGCCUCUAUCAACUCUGCUUGGAGAGAUUUCAAAGACGGUGGCGAAGCCACCAAUAUCGGAAAAGCCAUCGGAUGUGUUUCUUGGAUUGUGGACCCGGAUAAUCGCAACCGUCUUGCGCCUAUUGGCUGCAAAGGAGAACUACUUCUUGAAGGACCUAUUUUGAGUCGUGGCUAUCUCAAUGAUGUUCAGAAAACGCAGGCGGCGUUCAUCCUGGACCCUGAAUGGGCAUGCACAGCGGGACCAAAGGGACGAAGGUUCUACUGUACCGGUGAUCUGGUUCAAUACACUUCAGAUGGAGAAAUGAUGUAUUUGGGUAGGAAAGAUAGUCAAGUCAAGCUGAAUGGCCAGCGUAUCGAGCUUGGCGAGAUUGAACACCACCUCAAACUCAAUCUUCCGUCCGGUGCUAAAUCCGCGGUUGAGUUAGUCAAGUUCAAUGAUAGCAACGCUACGAAGGCCCUGGUAGCCUUUAUGUGCUUGAACAAUGAGUCAGCCGCGUCCAAUAAUCAUGGACUGCCCUUGAUCAGCGAGAUGACGGAUUCAGUGCGGGCGGUGGCAAAGCAAGUAGAAGUUACCCUCGCUAAUGCGUUGCCGGUGUACUACGUACCAACUAUAUUCAUGCCCGUCACGAACAUGCCUAUGACGACAUCAGGCAAACUCGACCGCAAGGUGCUGCGCCAGCUUGCUACGGAAGUACCUGAGUCACAGUUGACCCCCUUUCGCUUGGCUGGCAAAAGUGGCCGCGCGCCUUCAGGCCAUGUCGAGAGUAUGUUGGCUCGCAUAUGGGCAUUGGUCCUGAAGGUGAGCGCAGACACAGUGGGUGCAGAAGACUCGUUUUUCCGACUUGGUGGAGAUUCGAUCAGCGCAAUGCGGCUUGUCACAGCGGCUAGAAAGGAGGGCCUUUUGCUGAAUGUGGCCAAUGUUUUCGCACAACCGAAGCUGCUAGAGAUGGCAGCCACUGUUGUUGUUCUCUCCUCAGAUGAGCUGACCACCGAACUUGAACGUGACACCGCUCCCUUCGAACUCCUUCCCGAGAACGCAAGACAGCGCAUCACCGAUUUUGCGGCGUCAGAAUGCGGCGUCAUCUCAGACUCCAUCGAGGAUAUUUACCCAUGCAGCAAACUUCAAGAAGGCCUCAUUAUGCUCUCAAACAAAGAUCCAGGGACAUAUGUCGUGCAGCCUAUUUACCGCCUACCAUCCGAUAUCGACUUGGACCGCUUCAAACAGGCAUGGCAAAGUGUGUUUGCAACGGAGGCUGUUCUACGCACACGUAUCAUAUACACUGAGCAAGAUGGCUUCCUGCAAGUCGUGUUGCGAGAGGAGCUGAAGUGGCAUGCACUAGCAGAUCUCCAGGAAAUCAAUGAAACAACUCGACAGCUCCCGGCGAAGAAUGGUGCUCCUCUUACUACAUUCACUAUUGUAGGUGAGAAUUCAGUUGCGCCUUGCUUUGUAUGGACUGCGCAUCACGCCGUGUAUGAUGGCUGGAGUUGGGCAACUCUGUUCCGCAGGGUUGAGUCUUACUAUCGCAAAACGACACAGGAUGUGCCACCUUCGGUCCCUUACACACGUUUCAUCAAGUACCUGUCUAUUCUUGAUCAGAAGCAGUCUGACGAGUUUUGGUUGUCCAACCUCGAUAACAUGACCGCCCCCCAGUUUCCCAAGUUACCGUCCCCGGGCCACAGGGUAGAGGCCAACAGCCAGCUGUUACAUGUCGUGAACAUCACUCGAGAGCCAAGUAUUGAGGUCACAAUUCCUUCAAUGAUCCGCGCAGCGUGGGGUUUACUACUGGCUACGUACUCCGGGUCCGACGAUGUGUUGUGGGGAGAGACAAACAGCGGACGAGAGGCGUCCGUUCCCGGUAUCGAGUCUGUUAUCGGCCCGACAAUUACAACUGCUCCUAUACGACUACGGCUGAACCGUCGACUUACAGUGCACCAGUAUCUGAGAGAGACGCAGCGGCAGUCCUCGACUUCUUUGCCUUACCAGUUCGCCGGUCUACAACACAUUCGCAAACUUAGUUCUGAAACGGCAGUAGCUUGCGACUUCCAAAGCUUCCUCGGAAUUGAAGUAGGUGACAGCUUGCAAGAUGCUGACAGUGCUUUGUGGAACAUGGAGAGUGCUAAUACUAUUGGCACGGACUUCUUCAGUUAUGCUCUCAUUUUCAACUGCCAAGUAAAACCGGACAGCGUGCACAUUGAGGCUCUCUAUGACAACCAAGUCAUAGAGCCGUGGCUUGUUCAACGCCUCCUGCAGCAGUUUGAAUUCAUCCUUACUCGUUUCAACUCUGUUGAAGCUCUCGAUCGAGCUUUGGACGACGUUGGUCUACUCAACCCCGCCGACCAGGAAGCCAUUACUGUGUGGAAUGGCAAGCCCGUUCAUGUUGUCAAUCGAUGCAUCCAUAGCGUCAUUAAGGAGGACCAGACCACUGUACGGCCUACUGCCGCUGCUGUUGAAGCAUGGGAUACUGGCGUUAUGACGUACCGAGAGCUCGACGAACGGGCUACUCGGCUUGCUUCUCAUCUAGUGUCACUAGGAGUAAAGCCGCAGCAGUUCGUUCCGCUCUGUUUCGACAAAUCAGGUUGGACGAUCGUCGCCAUACUCGCUGUUCUCAAAGCUGGAGCAGCUUUUGUCCCUUUGGAUUUUGAAGCGCCAAUUCUCCGAUUACGCGAACUCGUUGGGGACGUCGAAGCCGAACUGCUCCUUUGCGCGCCGCAGUACGAGGCUUUAUGCAUGUCCAUACCAUGUAAUACCCUUAUCGUCAACCGAGAGACCACUGAGCAAGGCCAUGCCCGUCUGAACAAACUACCUGAUGUUCAGAGUGAUUCUCCAGCUUACGCUUUCUACACUUCCGGUUCGACAGGAAAGCCUAAGGGCGCUGUGAUUAACCACUCUCACUGGGUCACAAGUUCUACAGCAUUUGCCCCGGGAUGGGAAAUGUCAGAAACAUCUCGAGUGCUUCAAUUCGCUUCAUACACCUUUGAUGCCUGCUUGAUUGAAAUAUUUAGCACAUUGAUGUGUGGCGGCACUGUCUGCGUGCCCGAUCAAGCAUCCCGAACAAAUGACCUCGUAGGAGUUAUCAACAAAUUCAACGUCAACUGGGCGACGUUGACUCCUUCGGUUGUGCGUAUGAUGCAGCCCUCCCAAGUCCCACAGCUCAAAAUGCUCGUGCUUGUUGGGGAGGCGAUGUCACAACAAGACCUACAUACCUGGGCGGACCGUGUCACCCUUGGCAAUGGCUACGGUCCGACCGAGUGCGCUGCAAUUUCCACUUCUAAUGUUAUGACACUUCAUACCAAGCCGAACAACCUUGGCAAGGCAGUGACAGCGCAAGGUUGGAUCGUUUCCAAAGACAACCAUCAUACGAUUUUGCCAGUUGGGGCUAUUGGAGAACUGUUGCUUGAGGGCGGUGCUGUUGGCGUUGGGUAUCUCAAAAACCCAGAAAAAACAGCACAAGCUUUCAUAACCCAUGUAAAGUGGCCGAAAGGACUACUUUUUGACCGACUGUCAAGCAAGUUACGAAUCUAUAAGACCGGCGAUCUUGUGAUGUACAACGAGGAUGGUACAAUGCUAUAUCUUGGCCGGAAAGACUCGCAGACCAAAGUUCGCGGACAGCGACUGGAACUCUCCGAGGUCGAACAUCAUCUUAUGGACGACGAUCUAAUUCAGAAUGCCCUUGCUUCUGUACCUACCGCUGGGCCUUGCGCGAAGCGGCUGGUGGGUAUCGUAUCACUUCAGAAUUGCCCACCGUCAACGACACUGGGGCGAGAGCUGCAGAUUCUUACCCACGAGACCGCUUCUCUCAAUAUUUUUAUUAUUCGUGACCAUCUCUGUGAGCGAUUGCCAUCAUAUAUGAUUCCGUCUCUGUGGGUUGCUAUUCAGCAAUUCCCAUUGAUGCCCUCGGGCAAAAUGGACCGUAGAUGCGUACUACAAUGGCUAGAGAAAAUGGACAGGGACACGUAUCGGGCGAUCUCAUCCCUGGGCUCAGGGGCCCCCCAAACGGAUGCGAGUGCUGUUGAGCGAAAACUACAGGCAAUCUUCGCGAAUGUCUUGAACCUACCUUCGGAAGACGUGCGCCUCACCCAAUCAUUCUUGCAUUUAGGGGGCGAUUCUAUUGCAGCCAUGCAAGUGUCCUCGAAAUGCCGAGCGCAAGGCCUAGCCAUGAGCGUACAAGACAUCAUUCGUUCGAAGUCAAUCACUACACUCGCGUCAACCGUUGAUGCAUCAUCGCAGGACCGUAAUCUAAUAACCUCCGAAGCGCAAGAGUACAACUUCCCUUUCGAAGUUUCGCCUAUUCAGAAAGUCUUCUUCGAUACUGUCGGCAAUGCGCAUAACCACUUCAAUCAGACAGAGAUUUUCCGUCUUGCGCGAAACUUUGACUUGGAUGAGAUCAAACACGCAUUAACUGCACUGGUAGAGAUUCAUCCCAUGCUACGUGGGCGCUUUGCUAGGGAUGAGUCCGGGACCUGGCGUCAGCGAGUCGAGAAGGAUACUAAGAAGUCCUUCAGGCUACGCCAACAUCACGUACAGGUUGCCGAUGAUGCCACGCUUCGCCCGAUCCUCGAUGCUAGCCAGGCAACGUUGGACAUUAUGAAAGGGCCAACUUUCGCAGUCGAUAUCUUUGAAGCCAACGCGACAUUCUCUCAAGCCAUAGCUCUUGUUGCUCAUCAUUUGAUCAUCGAUGUUGUCUCUUGGGGCGUUCUUUUGGAGGAUCUGCAAAAUCUCCUCAAUGGAAUUAACCCUCCACCGCAAAGUCUUCCAUACCAUGCAUGGCUGCAACUGCAGUCUACGCAAGCUAAACAAGAGACUGCGAAAAGGGUUUUCCCUAUCGGCGAUAUCUCACCCACGAAUUUUGACUACUGGGGAAUGGGAGACAGUCGCAACGUUAGCGGAGACGCUAUAGAGGAAGACUUUCAGUUGAGCACAAGAGACACAAUGCUUCUACUUGGAGCCCAGGAUGCGCUAUCCACUGAGAUCCUUGACAUCUUGGUUGCCGCAUUAUUCGAAUCCUUCCGCAAGGUGUUCCCAGAUAGGACUACUAUCACCAUCCACAACGAGGGCCAUGGCCGAGAGCCGUUCAAGUCUAGCCAAGACCUCUCCCGCACGGUCGGGUGGUUUUCAACUCUGACGCCCAUUAGUCUUCCAGUGCCCCCAGAAGAGACAACUGAUAUAGUUAGCACCAUUCGAUGGGUAAAAGAUGUGAGGGCUCGAACUCCCGACAAAGGUCGUCCCUACUUCGCCUACCGAAAUUUGACUGAGGAAGGCCAUACUCGUUUCGCCAGCCAUUGGCCUGCCGAGGCCGUCUUCAAUUACGUUGGAAGGCUCCAGAAUAUGGAUCGCAAAGAUGCUCUGUUUUCAUCGCUAGACGGCAUUGACUCACGUGAAAUCGGAGAAGAUGUCCCUCGCUUGUCGAUUUUCGAUAUCACAGCAGCUGUAUCCCAAGGUGCUAUCAAACUUUCCUUUGGAUGGAAUCGACAUAUGAAACGCCAGGCCGAGAUCCGCACCUGGGUUGCACAAUGCAAACAGACACUUGUCGAUGCCGUCGAUGAACUCCUCUUGGUGCGUCCGGAACCCAGCUUAGGGAACUUCAAGCAUCUUCCUCUGCUUUACAAUGGAAUGUCCAGAGUUACGGAGGCACUCCCCUCCAGCAUGACCAUAGCAGACAUCGAGGACAUCUACCCUACAUCGCCUAUGCAACAAGGACUUCUGCUUACGCAGUCGAGGAAUCCUGAACUUUAUACCUACCAUACUAUCUUCGAGGUGCAAGCAACAGAUCGCAGUCAGCCUGUAGACCCACACAGACUCGCCGAAGCUUGGCAAAUUGUCGUUCAUCGGCAUCCCGCCCUGCGCACUGUCUUCAUAGACAGCGUCGCCAAAAAUGGUUCAAAAGACCAAAUCGUGAUCAAGGAUAAAGCUGGAAGGGUUCAAUUCACUGAAGAUUGUGCUGACAUCGAAGUCGCUGACAUACUGCGGGAACAGCCCGCAAUCGACUGUCGCGAAGCCACUCCACCCCAUCGCAUGACUAUCUGCAAAACAGUGUCGGGGAGAGUUUGGAUCAAAUUAGAGCUGAGUCAUGUUAUCAACGAUGGCACUUCCAUCUCCAAUAUCCUCGGCGACCUCGCUAGCGCAUACGCGAGGAGGCUAUCUCGAGCCGACGCCGGGCCGCUUUACUCGGACUACAUUGCCUACAUUUUAUCCAGCUCUAGGGAUACAGAUGUUGCAUACUGGACAACCUAUCUUUCUGGCGUUGAGCCCUGCCUCUUUCCCGCCCUUAAUGAUGGGAAAUCAAGGCCGCACGAGUCUGGGUCGAUUGACAUUCACCUUGGAGGCACCAAAGAUAUUUACGCUUUCUGCAAAAGGAAUGGUGUGACACUCUCCAAUGUUCUCCAGCUUGCCUGGGCCCUCACCCUACACUGCUACGUUGGCGCCUCUGAUGUGUCCUUCGGACUCGUGGCAUCGGGUCGUGACAUCCCUGUAAAGAACAUCGAUGAAGCAGUGGGGUGUUUCGUAAACAUGCUCAUUGUUCGCCUCACGUUUUCGGACGAGACAACCAUUUCUCACCUCCUUGAAGCUCUUCAGACAGGUUCUAUGAAUGCAUUGUCUCACCAGGGCUGCUCACUCGCCGACGUUCAGCAUGAGCUUAAGCUGUCUGCCCUUUUCAAUACAGCAUUCACGUUCCAGAGACGAAACCUCUCCCGCGACCCCGAAGAGACAGCACUUAUCUACGAUAACAUGGAAGCAGCUGACUCCGGAGAGUAUGCCGUCACAAUUAAUGCUGAUGUUACUGAUGAGAGUAUAUCGGUUGAUUUUGGAUUCUGGAAAGACAAAAUUCUCCCCGUGCAGGCACAGAACAUGGCCGACACUUUCCAAACGAUUCUUCAAGAUAUCAUUACUAGCAGUGCCGACACUCUUACUGUCGGCAACUUGGAUAUCUUUACCUCAGGCAGCCUCCGACAAAUCAUGGAUUGGAAUGUCGACCUUCCACUACCUAUCCGCCGCUGUGUACAUGAAGUCAUUCAUGAGCAAGCUCUCACAAGGCCGCGUUCUACUAAGGCCGUCGAAGGCUGGGACGGGACUUUCACUUAUCAGGAGUUCGAUAGAAUAACUGAUCAGUUAGCGACCCAUCUACAGGCCAUUGGUGUCACCACCGAGACCUUUAUUCCUAUUUUAUUCGACAAGUCGUCAUGGGCCAUUGUCAGCAUGAUAGCUAUCAUGAAGGCUGGCGGCGCGUAUGUUCCUCUUGACCCGAAGCAUCCACAAACCCGCCUUUGUGAGCUCAUAAACGACGUGGGUGCCAAAGUCCUGCUGUGUUCGCGAAACUACCAUGACAAGGCGAGCGAAGUCGCCACUACGCCUCUAAUCGUGGACCAAAGGUCUGUCCGAAAGAUUUCAGUUCCCGCCGGAACGAAGCCGAAGUCCACAGCAAGCCCAGAUAAUGCAGCGUAUUGUCUGUUCACAUCAGGCACAACUGGCAAACCGAAAGGCACUAUUAUUCCACAUCAAGCUUUCUGUACGAGUGCAGCUGCAUUUACGCGUCGUAUGAACAUAAACGCAACCUCGCGCACAUUCCAGUUUGCUUCCUAUACCUUCGACGCCAGUUGCAUAGAGAUCCUUUCUGCGCUCACUGUCGGUGCCAGUGUGUGUGUGCCUACUGAGGAUGAUCGAAUGAACAAUCCCGCUGGGGCUAUUCGUAAAUUCAAAGCGAACUGGUCGCUGUUGACUCCAUCUGUUCUUGGAACAAUUGAGCCAGAGCGCGUACCUUGUUUGAAGACGCUCGUAUCCGGAGGCGAAGCCCUACCUGGUCUCAUACUCAAGAAAUGGGGUAAUAGUACAUGUUUCAUAAAUGCGUACGGCCCGACGGAAACCGCAGUUGUGGCCGCCACUAGCUACAAGUCUACCCUUGACCACAAACUGAUCGAGACGGACCCUGGGACCAUAGGCUUCGGUUCUGGAUGCCGACUAUGGAUUGUGCAUCCUCGAAACCACGAUAAACUAAUGCCUGUGGGAAGCGUUGGCGAACUGAUUAUCGAAGGUCCUACCGUCGCACGUGGCUAUCUCAAUGAUGAAGUCAAGACUAACAAAGCUUUUAUUGCCGACCCUAAAUGGGCUUUAACUCUCCCUUCAGACAAUGGGACUUUCCAAACUUCGCGCAUGUACAAGUCUGGUGAUCUGGUCCGCUACAAUUCUGACGGGUCGGUCAGCUACAUAGGCCGCAAAGAUACACAGAUCAAGCUCAACGGUCAGCGGAUCGAGCUGGGCGAGAUCGAGUUCCAUGUUGGGAAAAACUUCCCGGAGUAUGUGCAAUCUGCAGUCGAGCUGGUCUCGCCUUCAAGCCGGAGUUCUGCCAAGGCUCUAGCCGUAUUCUUCACUAUCAUCCAGAACCAGUCAUCUGAAAGCGCAGACGUAAUUCAGCGAACGUCUACCGACCUACCAGCUCCUGAAGAGCUACUUCUUCCCAUGAGUGGGGAGCUUCGGGAUCUUUGCAAGGCAACAGAGAAUGGUCUUGGUGAUUCUUUACCGCCUUAUAUGGUGCCUUCUAUUUUCAUUCCCGUUACGAAAAUGCCAUGGACGUCUGCAGGGAAACUAGACCGGAAUCGCUUGCGAAAUCUUGUCCAGGACAUCAAUCGCGACGCAAUGGCGUUCUAUCGGCUGACGAAUGCGGUGAAUAAGAAGCACUCGAGCAACGAAUCAGAAAAGAAGCUGCACAAAGCAGUUUGUUCGGUGCUCAACCUACCUGCAUCAUCAGUGGGAAUUGAUGAUAGCUUUGUGCGCCUCGGCGGCGACUCCGUCUCAGCGAUGCGACUCGUUGCGAGUGCGCAGGCUGAACACCUGGAGCUAUCUUUCAUUGAUAUCUUCAAGAACCCCAAACUUGCAGACCUUGCCAGAAUAGGCACCCGCGCGGAGAAUUCCUAUACCUUGGAGAAGGCUAUACAGCCGUUUGAGCUGUUGCAGCCUCCUCUCAUAAAAACAGAGGUAAUGCAGGAGGUUGCGCAGCAAUGCCGUGUGCCCAAGGAUGAUAUUCAAGACAUAUUCCCUACGAGUCCGCUCCAGGACGCACUCAUCACCCUUUCAAUCAAGCAGACUGGAGCUUACGUCGCGCAACACGUCCUAGCGCUCCCAAGUCCCGUAGAUAUCAACAAGUUCAAGGCCGCAUGGGAGAAGUUAAUCCAGGAAACUGAUAUUCUUCGCACACGCAUUGCCCAAAUGCGGUCAGGCGCAUUCGUACAAGUCGUUCCAGUAGACGAUACCAUCAUUUGGCAAGAAGUAUCCUCACUCCACGAAGCCGAGAAGGAGACUGCGCAGAUACCCUCACACCUUGGAGGAAGACUGGCAUCUUACACAAUCGUUCGUACACUCUCCAACGAGAGAUUCUUUGUUUGGACUGUGCAUCAUUCGCUAUAUGAUGGCUGGAGUAUUUACUUAAUGCUUCAGCGAGUCCAGCAGAUAUACCAGACGGGAUCUUCGAAGCUGACGCAGACGCCGUAUACGAAGUUCAUCAAAUACCUUAUGGAUGCAAAGAAAGAUGCGUCAAUCAAGUUUUGGAAGGAAUGCCUAGCUGGAGCCACUCCGUUCCAAUUUCCACAGCAGUCUCACUCGAUUUCAGAGAGGAUAUCCGAAGGGCAAACACUACAACACGCCAUCAAGCUUGCUCCUAGUCGCCAUGCCGAUGUCACAGCCUCAAAUGUCAUUCGGGCAGCAUGGGCUCUACUUCUUUCAGCAUAUACAGGCAGCGAUGAUGUUAUAUUCGGAGAAACACUCGCCGGUCGUGAUAUUGCUGUAACAGGUAUCACCGAUGUAUGUGGCCCAACCUUGACAACUGUGCCCACGCGCGUCAAGAUCAAUCGCGACGCUACUGUGACAAAUCUCCUUGGGAAUAUCUCUGCUACUGCGACGGACCGCAUCCCUUAUCAGCACCACGGCCUGUCUGAUAUGAAACGAAUCAGCGACGAAACAGCGGCCGCUUGUGACUUUCAAAAUCUACUCGUCGUGCAGAAUGAGAACGAAGAACUCUCCGAUUCAAUCUGGUCGGUCUACGAUAAGGGAGAACAGAGCGGUUUUUUCACCUAUCCACUGGUGAUUGAAUGCAAAAUGAGCAAAUCGACGACCCAAAUCAUGGCACACUACGAUGCAACUGUGAUCUCAACUUGGGAAGUCCAGCGACUUCUCUACCAGUUAGAGUCUGUCCUGACCCAACUCAACUCAGUCAUUUAUGUCCGCGAAGUUCACGUCUUAAGCAAACAGGACAAGGAUUUGGUACGAAAAUGGAAUCAGUAUGAGCCAAAAGUCGUCGAUGACACCGUACCUGCUCUAUUCUUCAAACAGGUCGUCUCGCAACCUGACGCGAUAGCGGUUUCGGCAUUCGAUGGAGAGUUCACGUAUGCUGAAGUCGGUGAUCUAGCUUCUCAGUUCGCCCAAGAAUUGGUGGAGCUUGGUGCACGCCCAGACCAACUGGUUCCUAUCUGUCUAGAUAAGUCACGCUGGGCAAUCGUCACCAUCAUGGCGAUUCUCAUUUCAGGUGCUGGCUAUGUUCCGCUCUCACCAGCAUAUCCUACUUCUCGACACCGUCAGAUAAUUGAAGCCUGCAAAGGUUCAAUUGUUCUAUGCUCCCCAUUAUAUGAGAACCGCUUCGCAAAUUUGGCCGACCGAGUGUUCAGUGUGAGCGAGGCAAAUAUUCGCGAGCUACCUAUUUGCCGGUCCCCAAUCUUGUUGCCGGCAAAGAGCAACAAUAUCUGCUAUGUUAUUUUCACAUCUGGGAGCACUGGGAUACCUAAAGGAGUGGUUGUGGAGCAUAGAAAUAUCGUUUCAAGCUCGGCUGCGAUAUGCAAGGGUCUCCAUAUAACACCCUCGUCGAGAGUGUUCCAGUUCUGCUCUUUUCUCUUCGAUGUCUCGGUUGGUGAGACUCUCGCAGUUCUGAUGUGUGGUGCGACUAUCUGCGUUCCCUCGGAGGAACAACGCACAGCAGACCUUGCUUCUGCCAUUACUACGCUACAGGCGACAUGGGCGUUCCUUACCCCCUCUGUCGCAAAUACUCUCGAAGGUCCCCAUGUAGUUCCUACUCUGAAGACUUUGGUCACCGGAGGCGAGGCAAUGACAUCCGAAAUUGUCGAAAAGUGGGCUUCAGGCCUACAACUUUACAACGGCUACGGACCUACCGAGGGCGCCGUGUUUGCCGUCACGAAUGAUCUUGUAUCGGUCCAACGCGAUCCGUCAAACAUCGGCCGAAUGCUUUCAAGCGGCAGAGCCUGGUUGACAAAUCCGCGGGAUCCCAAUGAGCUUGCUCCUGUGGGGGCAGUCGCAGAGUUGUGUUUGGAAGGGGCACUCCUGGCCCGAGGAUAUCUGAAUGAACCUGAAAGGACUGCUGAAUCAUUCGUCCAGAACCCAGGCUUCAUGAAGGUGUUCUCCCAAGGUCCGUCUCGUACAUAUCGCACCGGUGACCUCGUUCGAUACGCCCCAGAUGGCUCUCUCCAUUAUCUUGGGCGCAAGGACAACCAGGUCAAACUUGCUGGUCAGCGCAUCGAGCUUGGUGAGAUCGAACAUCAUCUCCAUGCCGAUCACAGUGUUUGGCAAGCCGUCGUACAGCUGCCAAAGACUGGGCCUUGCGAGAAGAAGCUUACAGCAGUGCUAAGCUUCCGCAGCACGUGGAGCAGUGCCGUCGACACGAAGCAGCCGUGGCAUCAGCUGUUGGUGGGGAGGGGGAUACUUUCACAAAUCAACCACGUCAGAGACAGGCUCUCCGAUCUUGUACCAUCGUACAUGAUUCCCACCAUAUGGAUCGCUGUUUCUAGAAUUCCGUUCUUGGCUUCAAUGAAGUUCGACAGGAAACAAGUUGGCGCCUGGUUAGAGGGCAUGGACGACACCACCUACCAACAGAUACUCGAGCUCGAGGCCAGCGAAGAUACAACUAACACUGCAGAUGCAGCCAUCACAACCCUCCGAAAGAUAUGGGCUACGGUUUUGAACAAACCAGUCGACGUUGUGAAAGCGAACAGGUCAUGGCUAUCCCUGGGCGGCGAUUCCAUUACCGCCAUGAAACUCCUCGCGAAAUGUAGAAGUGAGGGUAUCACCCUCAGCUUGAACCAGGUCCUUCGCGCAAAAUCUCUCGCAAAUCUUGCCCAAAGCGUCAAAUCCACGACUGCUUCAAAUCACGGCAAGGAACAGACAGACAAACACUUUGACCUUUCGCCUAUCCAGCAGUUCUAUUUCAAAACUAAUGAUGCCGAAAAGAACACCCACUUCAACCAAUCGUCCACGUUGCGGCUUUCAAAGAAGGUAGAACCGACUGCCGUGAAUCGUGCCAUCAACUCUAUUGUUGAAUGCCAUUCCAUGCUUCGCGCCCGCUUUUCCAAAACCUAUCAUGGCCAGUGGCAACAGUCUAUCACGUCUGAUAUAAGCAAUGCAUACUCUUUCAAGGUGCAUGAUGUACGCACUUUAUCUGCCACCGUGGCCAUCAUCUCCUCUACGCAGAAGUGCCUCGACAUCGGGAAAGGACCGGUAUUCGCUGUCGAUCUGUUUAACCUUCAAACGGGAGAACAGGUUCUCUUCAUUGCUGCUCAUCAUCUUAUCAUUGACGUAGUCAGUUGGGGAAUCAUCCUAAGUGACUUGGAGGACCUUCUCAUUUCCCAACCAGCCGUGUCACUGCAGAAAGAAUUGCCAUUCCAGCUUUGGUGCGAGCAACAAUAUGCUCAUGCAAAUGAGUCUCACCAAGCAGAGGCGAUGAUUAAACAGUCAAUUUCUGUACUACCGGCAGAUAUCGCAUUCUGGGGUAUGGAGAAGCGAGAUAAUGUCUAUGGCGACGUUGAGCGAGAUCAGUUCUUCGUCGACAGGGAUAUCUCUGCCAUGGCGCUUGACAACCACGCAGCACUCAAAACAGAUGUAGUCGAUCUCCUAGUCGCAUCUAUUCUGCACUCCUUUUCUCGCGUUUUCAUCAACCGAAAGCCUCCAACUAUUUUCAACGAAUCACAUGGCCGCGAAGUGUGGGAGUCUAGCAAUCUCGACCUAUCACGAACGGUGGGUUGGUUCACAGCUAUGUACCCCAUCACAGUCCCUAUUGGCGAAGAAGAAGAUGACGUGGUACAUACAGUCCGCCAAGUCAAGGAUUGUCGCAGGAAAGUCACCGACAAUGGCCGACCCUAUUUUACGCAUCGGUUCCUGACGGAAGAUGGAAAGCAACGUUAUGCUGAACAUGCGCCUAUAGAAGUCUUGUUCAACUAUUUGGGCAGGCAAGAGUCCUCGGAAUCCGGUGACUCACUGUUUCAACCGAUACAGUUCGACGAGGACGAGGAAGACGAGACAUCGGACGUCGGCAGCAAAACUACCCGUAUGGCGCUCUUUGAGAUCUCUGCGGUCGUUUCCGAAGGCCAGCUGCAGUUGAUCUUCAUGUACAACCGCCGGAUGAAAAACCAGAAAGGCAUUCGAAGGUGGAUCGCUGAAUGCCAGCGAACGCUUGAAGAGAUCGUCACUAAUCUCGCCGAAAUUAAAACGUGGCAGGCUACAAUGGCUGAUUUCCCGUUGUUACCGCUAGAAUCAUACAGCCGCCUCGACCGCGUUCUGAAGAGUCUACCUUCCAUCGGAAUUUCAUCAUACGACCAAGUCGAAGAUAUCUAUCCUUGUUCCUCUAUUCAGGACGGCAUCAUCCUGAGCCAGAUCAAGAAUCCAGAGUCUUACUGGUCCUCUACGACGUUUGAGAUGAAGUCUAGACAGGGCCCGGUUGAUUCGAAGAAGGUGGCUGAAGCGUGGAAGAAGGUUGUUGAUCGGCAUCCCGCAUUGCGCACUGUAUUCAUUGAUAGUGUAUGCAGGGGAGGUGUCUUCGACCAAAUUGUUAUCAAAGAUACUGGUACUGGUUUAAUUAGGUACACCUGCGACGACUCUGAGCUCUUUGGUUUGCUUGACUCGAUCAAGUACAGCGAGCUUAAUGGCAAGAAGAAGCCAGCACUUCCACAUCAAGCUGUGGUUGUACAAUCGACCUCGGGGAAGAUUGUUGUCAAGAUCAUCGUUAACCAUGCUAUCAUUGAUGGAGGGUCACUGGCAAUCAUUGGACGCGAUCUUCAGGAAGCAUACAAAGGUAGUCUUUCCAACGAAGAGGGCCCACUCUACAGCAACUACAUCAGAUACUUGCGUAAUCUUCCCGCCAAUGACGCGAUCGAUUACUGGAAAGGCAAGCUGGGCGGCGUCCGGCCAUGCUACUUCCCCACAACAUAUCAGAAUACCUCCAGGCAGCGGCAGCUACGUUCGCUAGACAUGAAUUUCGACCGGUUUUCAGAGGUCCACAUUCUUGCUGGGAGGACCGAUGUCACUUUCGCAAACGUUUUGCUCGCUGCGUGGGCCCUUGUCCUACGUUCAUAUGUUGGUUCCUCGGAUGUUUGCUAUGGUUAUCUUACCUCUGGACGAAAUGUUCCGAUCAAUGAUAUAGAGAGCGCUGUUGGGGCUUUCAUCAACAUGUUGGUAUCUCGACUCAGCGUGACUCCAGCUCUUUCGCUACUCCUGGUCAUUCAACAAGUGAAGAACGACUUCAUCGAGUCUAUGCCGCAUCAACACUGUUCAUUAGCUCAAUUCCAGCAUGACCUUGGGCUCUCUGGAAAGGCUUUGUUCAACACUGCUGUCUCGAUUCAAACCCGCGUCACGACCGAUGACUCGACACACGACAACGCUGGUAUUGAGUUUCAGCAGCUCGAUGGCCAUGAUCCAAGUGAGUUCGCCAUUACGGUAAACAUCGAUGCCACGCGCGAUGACGAAGCAGUACGAUUUACAUACUGGAGUGACGCCAUAACCGAUGGGGAAGCAAAAAAUGUCUCCUCUCUCAUGGCCAAGAUCUUGGAUCAGGCUCUAGUCAACGUCAAUCAGACGGUGGCGGAGCUAGAUGCUACCGUGAAAGGAAAAGCCAUCCAAGCGCCUACGGCACAUCUUACACUACCUAAGCCACGCCCGUCUAUUCUAAGGUCACGCUCCAACACAUCCUACACAUCCAACUCUUCCGUGUCCCCAUCCCGAACACCCAGAAUAACCUUCCCAGAUCUGUCCCCCGCAACCCCCCUGCCGCCUGAGACCCCAGACUGGAACGUCCUUAUUCGAUCAAUCGUGAGUGAGAUGGUGCCUCAGAUUGUCGACCAGAUUGUUGCGAAAAACAAACUCGCCACAGAGCCUGCUUCUGCUACGAUCGACCAGAUGACGAGUCAGAUGACAGGAUUUCUCACCAGAAGAGCCUCCCAAUCAUUGCGCGGACGACCAAAUCUCGAAACAGGUUCUAUACGAGGCUCUGUACGUUCUCGUCGGAUGAGUGUUGCAAGUAACGCAGAAAAUAGAAUCCAAAUCGCUGCCGACAUGGUGGCCGCUGUGGGUGUCUUAGCCACUGAAGGCUCGAAAUCGGUAGCGCCCGACUUCGUGGAGAAGAAGCUGCUUGGCUUAUGGAGUGAAUUGUUGGAGAUGGUAGAUGACACUAUUGAACAAGAUGAUAGCUUCUUUCAACUUGGAGGUGAUAGCAUCAUUGCGAUGCGCUUAGUUGGAGCUGCGAGAGAGGAAGGUCUAUCAAUGACCGUCGCUGAUGUGUUCAAAAACCCAACCUUUGCAGAUAUGGCUCGAGUUGUUCGCGUAGCUGGUGAGCUCAUCGACGAAGUCAUGUCCCGUGCUGGUGGCGAAUCGAUAACUGGCAAGGAUACCGGUGGACCAUCAAGACCUACUUAUCGACUCACCAAGCAAGCAUCUUCGAUUUGGGAUGACUACCGUUCUGUAGUUUCUGAGUACAACGUCGAUGGUAAAAGCAUGGCUCCCAGUACACCCCCGGCUGAACCGGAGCCAGCAAGGAAUGAAACGAUGUUCAAGAAAUGGCAAGGCUUUGCGUCCGGUAUACAGCCAUCGAGGCCACAGGUACAACGCAAGUCAAGCCAGAAGUCGCAAGUUCCACAAACAAUCCAGGAAGGAGUAGAAGUUACUGCACCCAAAUCUAUCUCACUGCUCGGAGAUCCGAACGUCGAUAGCGUCAUCUCGAAGGUACAGGUCUUCAAAGGUGGCAUCUCCGACGUUUUCCCUGUGACCGAUUUUCAAGCGCUUGCAAUUACCGGGACCCUAAUGGAAUCCAAGUGGAUGCUAAACUACUUCUACCUUGACGGUAACGGGCCUCUGGAUCUCCGCAAAUUGAAGCAAGCUGCGUUCCGAAUGGUGCAAGCUUUUGAUAUCCUCCGGACCGUCUUUGUUCCGUAUGGCGAUCGAUUCCUCCAGGUAGUACUCCGGAAGCUUCAACCAGAUUUCAUAUACCAACAAACAGACGAUGACCUUGAUAUGUUCACUACCAAAUUACGACAGAAAGACCGCGAACAUGGCCCACGUCUUGGCGAAGCCUUCAUUCAAUUUGUUGUUGCCAAACAGAAGCAGUCCGGACGCUACCGCAUUUUCAUGCGACUUUCGCACGCUCAGUAUGAUGGUGUCUGUAUGUCGAGGAUUCUUGGCGCGCUUCAAGAUGGCUACAACGGCCUCCCUGUCUCCUCCGCUCCCAGCUUCGGUAAUUUCGUGAAGGGAAUAGCCAAAACUGUUGCUGGCGCACAUGACCACUGGAAAGAGAUCCUGCGUGGUUCUAGUAUGACCGAGAUUGUGAACCGCUUCGGUCCCAGUUACCAACGUUCCGCUGGCCGCACAGUCACGCUUGAACAGACACUCACGGUACCUACUUUGUCACGUGUCAAUAUCACCGCUGCUACCGUUGUGAAAGCUGCAUGGGCUGCAACUCUUGCACGCGUUGCAAGUAAGUCAGACAUCGUCUUUGGACACGUCAUUUCUGGCCGGAACGGUAAUGUUGCAAACGUCGAAAGUAUCGUCGGUCCUUGCCUCAACAUGGUGCCUGUUCGUGUAGUGUAUCGGCCAGAAUGGACCGUACUAGAUCUCCUUCACUAUAUUCAGGAUCAACAAAUUUCCAACAUGCCAUACGAGUCUCUUGGCUUCCGGGAAAUUACACGACACUGCACAGACUGGCCAGAUUGGACCAACUUCUCCAGUGUCCUCCAGCAUGAUCAGAACAUCCAAGAGGAGAACCCCAUGAUGCAGCUAGGCGGCGUCGAGUUUAAUGUUGGCGCUGUGGGCUCUCAAGAAGAUUUUGCUGACUUCUCCAUCCACUCAACCUCCCGCGGUGGUAGUACACUCGAAGUCACCUUGACAUACUCUCCGAAUAGCACCAUCACUGCAGAGUUUGCUCAGAACGUCUUCGAAAUGUUAUGCGCAAAUACAGUGGCUUUUUCGGGGGAUCCGCAUACACUCCUGCCCUCACCAUCUGAGCUUAGUUCCCAGAGCUCGACGACCAUCAACUCCGAUAAAAUGCGGAUCAAGGCAGCAGAGAAGCAACCAGUCGCCCUACCAACCGAUACCGGCCUCUCUAAGCAUGAGAUCAACACCCUUGCAACUACACUCCGCGCCGCAUGGGAGCAGAUCUUGCAUGACGAGCACGGCUCUCCAACACCAAGUGAACUAAGUUCCGACUUUUUCCAACUUGGUGGAGACAUCAUGGGUUUAGCCCAGGUUGCCUCUAUUCUUGAUCAUGAGGGCUUUAGGGUUCGGGUCGAGGACCUGAUCGAUAAGAGUGUGUUUGUGGAGCAGGUGAGCUUGCUGGCUGUGGAGAGAAAGAAACAGAUUGAAAAGGAGAGGCAGAGUCCCUGGGGUGAAAAGGUGAAGUCAAAAACUGCGGAGAGAGUGAAGACUGAGAGAACGGGAAGUGGAUUUGGCGCUUUCGCAAGGAAGAUGGGGUUUAAGGGUAAGGAGAGUGCGAAGGCUUGAGAAUCAUCUGAGGAAAAUGAUCUCUUCGCGCUAGCGGUUUCCUUCAUAACAUAUGGCUGGCGUUGCUGGUGAGCGGGCGCUAAGCCUUUAUGUUCUUUCAUUCACGGUUGCUCUGAUGCUGUAUUGGUUGGUUGGCGCCGCUGGUUAGCGGGCGCAUGGGUGACUUUUUCUCUGGCGUUGAGCCACACUUGCAUGAUGGCCCUAUUUCAUGAGCAC